UUGUAAUAUGGAGAAAUAAUGGCGUUUUCCGCCCAGACAGACCAUGGGCAAAAUGAACGUAAAGAUGCAGUUUUGUGCGAAAUUGGGAAAGAAACAUCGAAAGAUAAGGGAAAGUUUGUCCCGAACCCCGCUGCCAAGCCGUUUGUACCUUCCAACUUGAAUUCAACAUUGGGUCACUCAAACAGGACAUGGACAACUAUCGAAGGACAACAAUCAAGGGUUUUUAAUCUUGGUGGAAACAUCACCAAUUUGAAAGCUGCAAGGCACAAUGUGAUUGUCACACAGCCAUACAUGAAAGGUCCUCAUGGUACAGAUUAUGCCAGUAGCAGUGGAAUCCCUAAAGAAGAACCUAGGACACCUACAACCCCUCAAUCUAACAAUCACAUAGCUUUUCACCUUGUUUCUAAAGUUCUGGAAGAUGAAAGCAUUUUUAAUUUUACAAGCAUUGAGGAACCAAAUCCAGGUGUAGAGCCAUUCUCACCUCUUUCUCUCAUACAUCCUGAUAGUUUUGAUGUCACAUCUCAUUCAUGGCCCCUUUCAGUGGCACCCAAUGGUCCCAUUCCAGUUCCUGCACCAACACCCAAUCACAGCAAUGUAGCAGCUAGAAACUUUGGUUCUUUUCCAGGUCAAACUAUUUGGUCAUCAGAAGUGAUUGCUCAUAGCACCCCACCUUUGUCACCAGUUGAUUUGUCCCCACCUUCAAGUUUGACUAAUUCGUCACUGGGAACUACCCCUCCAUUUCCCUCAACACCAAUAAUUCCAGCAAGUUCUCUGACCAAUUCAUCUGGAAGUACAUCACCGAUUGUGAAUGGUUAUAAUGAUGAACUCUCUCCCUUCCCAUCCCCAACUGGACAGCAGUUUUGUUCACAGGAUACCUUGCCUACUGUGUUCAUGCCAAUUAAAGAUGUGUCUACAGGAGGCAAGGGAUGGAACUCUUCAGAAUCUGGCUACUAUUCAAGUAAUGGCUCCAGUCGUCGUUCUCAACCCUCUCCAGGUUCAGCCCCUGGACUUGCACAGUUCAUUUCUUCUCCUAAGCCACGCCCACAGUCUCUGAAUCUAACCAAUGGCCACCAUUAUUGUAGUUCACCCAGUAUGUCCCCUUCCUCACCACCAGGACCAGUUCAUAGCCACUCAGCUCCAAAGCAUUUCAGUUCAAGUUAUGAUAUGAAUGGAGGGUCAUGGCUCAAACAGACAUCGGGCAGAGAGCAUAUUCCUCCAAGCUCUUUGUCAAGGGAUGCAAAUGGACACUCUGGAGGUCAUGUCAUUUUGCAUCGUACCAAGAGUCCACUGACAAGUGAACUGCACUAUAGACUUGAAGAAUGUUAUGAACAAUUACGGUGUCUAGAGAAGGAACGAAAGAAGACUGAGGCUGAAAUCUCACAUCUUUGGUCGGGACGAAGACUUUCUUCUGGAAAUGCAACAAACCUGAGACUUCCCCCCAAUCCAUCUAGAGUAGACAAGCUAAUUAUGGAGCAUUUGCGAGAACAUGCAAAGAUUGAAGCCCUAGUUGGACGAAUUGAACGCAUUCGUCAUUCUCCUCUCCAUGUCAGCAUUAGUGAGGGAGUUGAUCUGUGGCAAAGUGGAAUUCGAGAAUUGCAGAAUCGUAGGAGGGAGGAACUAAAUAGCAGCAAUUGCUCAAGAAGCAGGCUGAAUGGUUCUGUACGGAAUCAAGAUAGUACAGAACUCUUGGCCUUAAUAUCAGCUGUGAAGACACUGGCACAAAACACACGUGCAACCCGUACAAUCAUUUGGUGUGCUAAUCAGCUUGUGAUUGGCAAUACUGCAGUUAAUGACAACAUUUUAAAUGAUGCAGACAACACAGUUGCAAUAUCAGAGGAAGUCACUGUGGAUGUGUCUUGACAGAUUGCUCAAUGACACAUUUAGGUGGUUUCAUCUUCCAGCUAUACUUGAAGCACAUCACAUAUUUGGAAAUGGAUUCCAAUGGCAUUAAUUGGUUCAGUGCUACUGAGUGUCAUCAACCUUAAAACAUUGUGGAGAAAAUAUGGCAGAUCUAUCCUGGACAAAAGACCCCUAACCUUUGUCUUGACAAAUGAAACAAGUCUGCAAUGAUGCUUAUAAAUUGGAUUGAAGUGCUUUCUAGCAACAGUACUCUGGUAAUAGAGAAAUUCUGCUUGGCAUUGAAGCUUCAAGUUUCUUCCUUUGGGUUUUCCAAGCAACAUGUACUUAGUUGUGAGAAUGACUGAUACAGGAGUUAGAGGAAAGGUCUUUUUGAUUUGGUGCAGCAGUUGAACCUUGCAGUCAAAGUGCUACUAAACUAAUUUGAGUUAAAGUGUUUUUUUCCACAUUCAAGGUUCAAGAAAAAGUGCUGAUGCUAGCAAGAUAAGGUCAUCAAUUACGUCUAUCAAGUAUUUUGAGAAAUUGGCAAAGAACAUUUAGGGUGAUGGAAUGGGUGAACAUGGAAUACAAUUAUAAAUGUAAUUUUCCGCACUUAGCUUUAGUGUGUCAGUGUUGCUAGGCAACAGACAUUUUAUAGCAGAAGAUUGUACUUAUUCAGGCAACGGAUAUUUUCUUCUUUCGUGCAGUGCAUUCAUUCACAAGAAUGUUCCAAACAAGAAAUCUCACUUGUGCAUUGGGUUGGGGAAGGUGAUAAGGAGUCUUGGCAGGCCAAGUGUUUCUUACUGGUGAAUGAAUUAAAAGAUACAUGGAAGACAGUAUAUUUUGAAUAAUUUGUGCAACUUUGUGUUACUUUAAGCAAAGUUCACUCAUUUGUGUCUUGAUAAGACAAAUCAAAUACUACCUUCCCAACCUGGUAAUUUUACUCAUGUCAUUCAUUACCAGUGACACAAAUCAGAAUAAUAGCUUCUGAUAAUUUUCUGCACAGUUAAUUUCUGGUGAUCAAUAAUACUUUAUCUCACUGAAGAUAGGUAAAUAAGCUUAGCUUAAUGUAUCACUUUAUCCAUAACAAGUGUUUGUCAAUUUGCAGACCAGUUCUUGAAGCACUUUGUGACAGUAGAUCACAGUCUGCAGUAAGAAUGUGUGUAACCAUCUUCAUGACAAGAGGCAGUGCUUGUAUGGACAAAGUUCUAAGCCAGUUCUUAUUCCUUUAUUGCUGAAUACAUCCAGACAUCUUCCAAUGGAAAUGUUCCAAAAAUAAAAGUGCUUUAUUUCAUUGAA